AUGGCUGCACUUCCCGCGGCCGUCGAAUGCCUUCAGGUCAACCUCGAGCUCCGCGAUGUUUACUUCCUCACGAUCGGUAUGUGGCUUGGCGGCAUCCUCAUGUACGCCGGCCUCGCAUUUGGCAAGUUGCUUGCCUUCGCCGUAGGCCGGUUGUGCGUUGGCGAGGUCUUCUCGAAAGCAGGCCUCAUUCUUCGCAAGAUCCCCGCCGUAUGUCGCAACGUUGUCGCGCUCAGGUUUAUAUGCCUCAUCCGCUUCUUCGUCGGCACCCUCUCCGACCGAGACUCUAUACUUGAUAGCAUCACUACCGACUGCGCUAUACUCCUCGCCGGCGUGCUCCUCGGCGUGCUCUUUGGCAUGUUCUUCAAGCACAGCCUCGUUGUGCGCGCCAGCAUAGCCAUCGAGAACAUACUCAUUGCCGGCGCCGUCUUCGCCAGUACUGUGCUGCUGAACUAUAACAAGCAGCAGAGGCCUGUGGCAAGGCAUGGGAGGAAGCUCAGGCAGAAGAAGCGCAAUGAAGCAGCGAGGAAUGCCUCAACGGACAACAUAGCCCCGGAUGAUGGCAACGGCGACAUCGACAACGACAGCGAAGUCGCAGCGCAAGAGAACUCCGUCGCAAACAAACCAGCCAUCAAGCCACGCAGGGCGGCCACCAGAAAGGGGGACAAUCCAAAUGCUUCAUACCGCGACCGACCCUACUCCAUCGACAAAGUGCCCAAGCCUAAUAACGUGGCCGAGUACUCAGCGAAUACCGACCGCGGGAAGUCCCGUGCACAAGCCGAUGACAUACGGCGGGAGAUGGAUAUCCUGAAGAUGAGGCUCCAACCAUGCGCCGACGAGACUAUGGAGACCACCGACCUCCACUGCACACAGGAGGUAGAGCCGGAGAACGGCGCCUCGUCUCGUUCGCGAGGCGAGUCUACCCUCUCAGAGUACCGUUUCCGGCUCGGCUACACCGGCAAGGAGAACAAGCGACUCACGCUGGAGAUCGUUAACGGUACAGUCCAUGAUGGUCCUUUGGCCAUCCUCACCCAGUAG